UUUUAGUUCACAAAGUCGCGGCAUUACAUGCGCCGUGGAGUAACGGUUGGGUUUUUAUCAAGUAAUUCACCAUCGACCCGCGUGGUCGUUUGUGUUACAAAAUGGCGAAUUUAAAAUUUGUAUUUAUAUCCCUUUUGGCCAUAAACUACAUUACUGCGACAACAAUUGAGGUGGACGAUGAAAAUCUGAAAUUUAUAGAUAAUUCAGCUGACGUUAUCUGCGCAUGUUCGAGUCAUCCGAUAAAGGACAUGAACUGCACGUCAGAGGUACCGUUCUACAAAUUAGGAUCUACAAUUCUAAGCAAAUGCUCCUAUCAAACAAGGUACAUGGUGGCUGGAGACUGUAGACUAGGCAUACCAGUAUUGAUAAUUUUUGCGAAAGCUACAAAAAUAUCAAAGCACACAUAUAUGGAGCAUCAAAAAACACCACAGUACUUGAAGGAACCAGUGGUGGAACAUCUACCGGUUCAAGCGACACUGGCGCAACUAAUUCGUCGACAGGAGCUAAAGGAACCAGUGGUGGAACAUCUACCGGUUCAAGCGACACCGGUGCAACUAAUUCGUCGACAGGAGCUAAAGGAAUCAGUGGUGGAACAUCUACCAGUUCCAGCGACACCGGUGCAACUAAUUCGUCUACAGGAGCUAAAGGAACCAGUGGUGGAACAUCUACUGGUUCAAGCGACACCGGCGCAACUAAUUCGUCGACAGGAGCUAAAGGAACCAGUGCUGGAACAUCUACUGGUUCAAGCGACACGGGCGCAACUAAUUCGUCGACAGGAGCUAAAGGAAUCAGUGGUGGAACAUCUACCGGUUCAAGCGACACCGGCGCAACUAAUUCGUCGACAGGAGCUAAAGGAAUCAGUGGUGGAACAUCUACCGGUUCCAGCGACACCGGUGCAACUAAUUCGUCUACAGGAGCUAAAGGAACCAGUGGUGGAACAUCUACUGGUUCAAGCGACACCGGCGCAACUAAUUCGUCGACAGGAGCUAAAGGAAUCAGUGGUGGAAUAUCUACCGGUUCAAGCGACACCGGUGCAACUAAUUCGUCGACAGGAGCUAAAGGAACCAGUGGUGGAACAUCUACCGGUUCAAGCGACACCGGCGCAACUAAUUCGUCGACAGGAGCUAAAGGAAGCAUUAGUGGAACAUCUACCGGUUCAAGCGACACCGGUGCAACUAAUUCGUCUACAGGAGCUAAAGGAACCAGUGGUGGAACAUCUACUGGUUCAAGCGACACCGGUGCAACUAAUUCGUCGACAGGAGCUAAAGGAACCAGUGGUGGAACAUCUACUGGUUCAAGCGACACUGGCGCAACUAAUUCGUCGACAGGAGCUAAAGGAACCAGUGGUGGAACAUCUACCGGUUCAAGCGACACCGGUGCAACUAAUUCGUCGACAGGAGCUGAAGGAACCAGUGGUGGAACAUCUACUGGUUCAAGCGACACCGGCGCAACUAAUUCGUCGACAGGAGCUAAAGGAAUCAGUGGUGGAACAUCUACCGGUUCCAGCGACACCGGUGCAACUAAUUCAUCCACAGGAGCUAAAGGAAGCAGUAGUGGAACAUCUACCGGUUCAAGCGACACCGGUACAACUAAUUCGUCGACAGGAGCUAAAGGAAGCAGUAGUGGAACAUCUACCGGUUCAAGCGACACCGGUACAACUAAUUCGUCGACAGGAGCUAAAGGAAGCAGUAGUGGAACAUCUACCGAUUCAAGCGACACGAGCGCAACUAAUUCAUCCACAGGAGCUAAAGGAAGCAGGGGUGGAACAUCUACCAAUUCAGCCGACAAGAAGGGAAAAACGCGAGUUCCACCUAAAGAAGUUGUUGAAAAAGGGGUUCUUCCUCAUGAGCAGCGUGCGCGGACGCGGCGACGUCGCGCAGCCUACUUGCCUGCGAGCUUUUCUCAACAUGUACACGGGUGGAAAAGCAGGUCAAUUGACAAAUAAUGGGGAUCCGAAGAAGUAUUCGUUGGCAACACUGCUAAUAAUACUGUUUUGCUCAUUUGGAGCUGGAUUGCUCGUUGCUUUUGCAGCUAAAACGGGAUAUGACCACUACAAAACACGAUCAUUUGUGAUCCCGCCUGAACAGGAUAUACCAAUAUAGAAUAGGCCCUCAAAUAAUUGUAAUUUAGGUAUUUGUAGUUGAAAUAAACAUAACGGGUUGUUUCUUGUUCUCUUUGUUGUUGUCUUGAAAACUUAUCCCUUCAUUCAAUAUACCAAAACUUAUAAUUGUUCAGAGUUUAACAAAAAUUUUGUUGUUAUCUUUAUCAAAAUUAACAAUUUGCUGUAUAGAUUUUUGAACUCAGUUAUAUCAAUUGGGCGGAUUGUGUCGUUCUAUAACAUAUUAUAUUGGGAAAGCGAUCGUCCGUUAUUUUUAUGUGUAUUAUCUUGGGCGGAACCAAUUAAUUGUAAAUAAUUAUUGUGCCAAUAAGCUUGAUGUCAUGAUUGACCGACCAGCAAACUGAACAUGAUGGCUGGGUUGGGCUGCUGGCUGCUGUGCAACGUGUCUUAAUGGAAUUAGUUUUCGCACAGUUUUCGUAAUCUUAACGUGAUCCAUAAAUUGUGGUUCUAGGUCUAGGUGUAUUUUAAUUUAAUUUAAUUGGGUAUUGGGCAUUUGAAUUAUUCUAAUGCUAAUUCUCAUGAGCCUUAUAUCUGAUGCGGCUGGCCACAUUACCCUCGUGGUUAGUUAAGCUACUAUUGACUUGGCUUCUGGUGGGAAAUUAUAAUUGGUAUUUGUAUGUUUAAAUAUUUUUUAAAUUUGUAAAGUUUUUGUAAAUAAACGAAAUAUUAAACGAUUCAAA